AACUAUGAUGUUCGCAAAAAGCCUUAAAAAAAUUAAAAAUAUAAAAUAACCUAGAAAAUGGGUACAGUUUUUACCGGGUUUAUAGUUGUUUAUAGUUUAUCAAUUUUUUCAAUUUAUUUAGGAAAGUCUAUGUAGGUACCUCGAUACGAAUAUAGAAAAGUUAAACAUUUUUUACACAACAUAAUUACAAGAAUUAUCAGCUUUAUUUAGGGCCACUCUCUAGGACUUUAUCCGAAAUGCAUUCAGAUAGUGCCUCAAUUAAUAUGUCUCAUAAUCUUCAUGGGACAUUUGUUUCAGAGAAAAUAAAUAAAAUACGAUGGCGACCAGGGGGAAUACAAUCUUUGAAUUUGUUUGUAACUGGUAGUAUUGACAAUGAAAAAAAUACUAUAAAACUGUGGGAUUUUUGUGAAAAUGAUGAAGAGAAUGAUAUUUAUCCUUUUACAAUAUCUUCUUACAUGUAUGAUGGUGAUGUUGCAGAUAUUCAGUUCAUAAAUCAAGACUAUUUUGCAUGUGCAUCAUCAUCAGGAUCAGUGCACCUAAUGAAUAUUGCAGUCCAGUCUAGUGGUGAUAUGCUUUUAAAUAAUUACAUGGAGUGGGAUAAAAUUCAUUAUUUUAAUAAUGGGGAAGCUAGUUGUUGUACUGCAUUAGCAAUAUAUGAAAAUGACCUUGUUAGUGUUGGAGAAGAUGGAAGAAUAAACGUAUUGACAGCUCAGUCAAAAAAUGUUAUUAGAAGCAUAGAUGAUGCUGAUAGUUGUUCAUUAGGCUGUGUACUAUUUUUAAAGCACAACGAGAUAUUAACAAGCAAUUUACGAGGUCAAAUGAAAAUAUGGGACUUAAGAUCGCAAACUAAUACUCCAACAAAGACUUUCAUGCUUAGUGGAGACCAAGUAACUCCUACGUGCUUGAUAUUUCAUCCAACUCAAAGACAUUUAGUUAUUGCUGGAGAUGAACUAGGUGCUAUUACAACUUGGGAUUUAAGACAGAACACUUUCCCAGUAAAUGUUCUAAAUGCACAUGAAGGUUCAAUAAAUGAAAUCCACUUUCAUCCUGAUCAUCCAGAUCAGUUAUUUAGUUGCUCAAGUGCAGGUGAAAUAUGGCACUGGUCAACUAAAAAUAAACAUCAAUCUUUCAUGGGAUUAGAAGAUAGUGAUGUAAACGUUUGGUUGGCUCCAGAUAAUGUUAAGAAUAAACUAGAAGUAUUUACUUUAAUGCCCACAUUGGGAAAAUCAAUCAAUACUUUAGAUUUAAAUAAAAAUAAAGUAAUAUGUGGUUGUGCCAACGAGGCAAUUUAUUUAAUUAAUGGGAUUAAUUUGUAACAAAAAAUAUAUAUUUUUUAAAUAAACAAUUUACACU